CAACAAACUAGGCAUGGAGCAUGGUGGUGUUGGUGGGGGCAGCAGCAUCAACCGCAAGCACCUUCCGCCGCUGCAGUGCACAAAAUCGGAACACGUGGUCAUGGACACCAGCUACGGGGGGGCUUUAGGGAUGAGGCAGCAGCGCGACAGGUCCAGCAAGAACAACUCGUCCAUGUCCCUACCGUCCAUGCUGGAGGCCCCAAUGGGCGUCGACGUCGAAGACACGCCGUCGCAGGAAACACACCAUGCGACGCCGUCCGACAUCGCCCCGCCCCACGCGUCCAAUCGUGUGCUACCAGUGGGGUCGAUAGUUCCUGGUGUGCACAACCCACUCACAUCCGACCGCAAUCUGAAUGCGUACAAUCUGUGGAAGCCCGGCAUUGGCUCGUCUGGCAGUCUUCUCCGGCGCUUCAUCUCGUUUGUGUUUUUGCAAACGUACCACGGAAACAUUGACAUUUACCACGAAGCGCCCAAAACGUUUCAAUGGAUGAUUCACCCCAACUCCAACUUUCGCAAAGUGUGGGACACGAUCAUCGCCGUCAUGGUGCUGUACGUGUGCUACCUCACGCCGCUGUACCUAGCGUUUGACUUUCUCGACUGGGAACCGCUAUAUCCCGUGGAAGCCACCAUGAACGUGUGCUUCGUCAUAGACAUGGUAUUGUCCUUUCGGACGGGUAUUUUUGCAUCGGGCGAAGUGCGCAUGGACGCCAAAUUCGUGGCCAAGCACUACCUGCAGUCGUGGUUCCUCAUCGACCUGCUUUCCAACGUCCCGUUCGACAAAGUGUUUUCCGAUAGCUCCAUGAACAAGCAAAACUCGACGGUGAAAUUUGUCAAGUUGGAAAAAUUGCCCAAGUUGCUUCGGUUUGGCAUUUUGCUCAAGUAUUUGCGCCAAUACGCCAAGUACUACAACUUGCUCUUGACCACGUCGGCCAUGGUGCUGUGUCUGCACUGCUUUGCGUGCGUUUGGGUAUACGAAUUCAACGAAUGUGAUGCCCUGCCAUGCCCCACAGAUGCCGCAUUUAGCAUGUACAGCCAGAGCUACUACAACGUGUUACUGCUAUUCUUGGGGAUUGCUGAAGGAUCAACCUUUCAAUCGUCCGAGUAUUUAAGCUGCCCUACUCGCACAGCCAAGCCAUCGAUGUAUGGCCUCUGUAUUGCCAUUGCCAUGAUUGGCGCGCUCACAUGUGCGUUUAUGUUUGGCAAUAUAUUGACGCUGCUGCUCAGUUGGGACCAGCAAAGCUCGAGCUUUCGAAACCGCAUGGAUGUCAUCUCGUCCGAAAUGAAAUACUACGAAUUGCCCGCGGAACUGCAGCAUCGAGUAAAGCGCAAUUACGACUACUUGUGGAUCAACCAACGAGCGUAUGCCGACAUGACGCUCCUCAACCAGCCAGGACUGUCCAAACCAUUGCGUACCACGAUUGCACUCCACUUAUACAAGGACUUGCUCAACACAGUGCCGAUAUUUGCCGGGUCCGACUCCAAGUUUCUUGGAAAAGUAUGCAUGGCGUUGGACACGGCCGUGUACCUUCCUGGAGACACAAUCAUACACAAAGACGACAUUGGCCGAGAGAUGUUUAUCGUCCGGAAAGGCCAAGUCGAAGUGCUUACUGCGGGCAGCGACUUGUCCCAGGAGCAGCCCCCCAUCCGCUUGUCGUCGUCGUUGUCCGUCCGGCUCUCGCCGAUUCCGCACCUGCGCAUCAUUUUAAAAGACGGCGACUUUUUCGGGGAAACGGCGCUCGUCGCAGAAGUCCGCCGCACCAACACUGUGGUUGCGAUUACUAUUUGCGACUUGAACAUGCUGAGCAAACAGGCAUUCAACGAAAUCUUGGCGGAGUACCCCGAGUUUGGCUCAAAGAUGCAACAAUCGGUCGUAUCCCGUCAGUUGGCAAACAUGAAUAUUCGGUCGCCGACGACCAAAAGGAAAGUGGAGAACCAACUCAACCACUUGGUGGAAAAGUCAAUGCAGCGGCGGCAGCUGAGCAGCACGUGGAAGGGCGUGUACAAGGCAAAAAAGAUGGCAGAUAAGCUCAAGAACAUCCAAGACAGGGCCAAAAAGACAGACGAGGACCCGGGGUCAACGCGAACGUCGUUCAUCUCGACCUUCCUGGGCAAAGUUCGGAGCAAGGGCGAGUUGCUGGAGUUGCUUCCCCGAAGCAGCGGACGAAGGACCUUGACGUCGCGAAGCAUGCGGCGGGAGUCGAAUACGAAGCCAACGGACGCAGACGACGACCAGACAAAGCCCGUCGAUGGAGAGGGGGCGGGGGACGACACCCCCGCCGACCCUGACUCAUCUUGUUCGACGGAAUUGCCGCCGCGGAAGCGCAAGAUGGCGGCGGGGGACCUCGUGAGCCGUCGGCUGAAUGCCACGGAAAUCCAAGCCAACUUUGUGCCACUUGCGCUCUGGGAAAUCAACACCAUGGUCAUGGACAUCAAAGUAGCGUUGGAAAAAGUGCAAAAGAAGCUCGCGGUGACCAACGCGGACAGCGACAGCGACGACGACGCCGCCGCCACCGUGCCGGCCCUGACAAACCCGACCGACAAGAGCGGCGGCGAGUCUACCCGAACCAAGGGAGCGGCUGCCGUCGAGAUGCCCGGGGAGGACCAACUCCUCCUCCAACAGCAAGCCAAGUUAGAGCUACUGACUCGCGCCGCCUUGUUGUCCAAUAUGAGUGAGAAGUCGAUUCCAAUGCAAGGACCAAGUCACACGAUGUUGUCGAGGUGAAUCGAUGCCCCAAAUCCAACGAGAGCCCAAGGGAAGGCCAAAGACCCAUCAUCUGACGCCGCCUCGUUAAAGCAAGCGCCAAAGCAAACCAACAUACUGUAACCACCCACUCACGGGGUUGUUUAAUGUGUUUGUGUUUACAGCCUAUCAUCUUAUUCAUCGGUCGUGGGAGUUGGUUGGUACGACGACAAGACAGUCGUGAGAAUCGCUUGGAUGUCCACUGCUGCCUGCGUAUCGCGCGACUUUUUGCCGAGGUUGCCCAGCACAGUGUCGUUGAGUUGGGUCUUCCGGCACGCAAUGUCAUAGAUGGAUUUGUCCACAGAGUCUUCAGUGACCAGCUUGUACACGGUCACGGGCUUGGUUUGGCCAAUGCGGUGACACCGGUCCAUCGCUUGGGCGUCGACAGUCGGGUUAAAGUCCAAGUCAUGCAAGAUCACCGUGUCCGCGGCGGUCAGGUUGAUGCCCAUGCCGCCGGCGCGGGUACUCAGGAGGAAGCAGAAGAUGGAUGGGUCGUCGUUGAAGUCGUCGAUGAGGGACUGCCGCGAUUCGAUACUCGUGCUCCCGUCCAAGCGCGUGUACCGGUGGUUCGAGUGCACGAGGAAUGUUUCCAGCAAGUCGAGCAUCUUGGUCCAUUGGGAAAAAAUGAGCACGCGGUGAUGUUCUCGCUUGAGUCGGGGCAGCAACUCACGCAACAGGUCAAACUUGCCCGAAUCGAGCAGCUUGUCGGACGAUAGUUGGAGCGACCUCAUUUCAGGCUGGUGCGCGUACUCGACGCACAAGUUGUGCAGUUCAAAAUCCGAGUACCCCUCGAUUUCGCUCUUGACCAUGGCCAACGAGCACUCUGUCCCAAACUCGCCGAGUUUGUACAGUUGCCGGGCAAUCGUAUCCAUCACUUGGGAGGAUUCGUAGUGUUGUCGAAGCAGCACGGGGUGGUUCGCGGCCUUUCGAAGCAAAGUAAACACAUUGUUGUCGGACGUGGGGUCGUUCUUGCCCUUGCCGACAACGACCGUCGAUUGCGCUUGACCCCCCAUGAGCAGCUUCAAUUCCCGAGAGGGUUUGGUCGUCGAUCCGUUGGACUCGGACGACGGAGAUGACGAUGCAGGCGCACCGCCCCCCUUCUUGGCCUCCCUCCGCAACAACGUGGCGUCGAUCACGUUUUUGUACACUGCGACUUGAUGGGGGUUCAUCUUGACGUGCAGGACGACCUCGGUCUUCGGGACCAUUUGCGCGAGCACCAGCUUUUUGAGCCGGCGCAAAAUGAACGGGGCCAAAAUGCGCCGAAUCUUGGAGCACGACGUCUUUUCUUCGCCGCCAAAAAAGUCCAUGAGUUCAUCCGACCCGUGGUUGAAGAUGGUGGGCAUGAGAAAACUUAGCAGCGCCAGCAGUUCGCUCAAGUUGUUUUGGAUGGGCGUCCCGCUCAGCACCAAUCGGUUGCGGGUUUUCAACGCCGAGAUGCGCUUGAAUCGCGACGUGUUGGCGUUCUUGAUCGUGUGGCCUUCGUCCAAGACCAAGUACCCAUAGUUAAAACUCCGUAGGAACUUGCGGUCGUCCGCGGCGCUGUCGCGCUCAAAGUACGUGUACGUGGUCAGCAGGAUGUCAAACGUGCCAGGCUGCAACUCGUCCAUGAUCUCCUGGCGUUCCGAAAUUGAGCCAUGGAACGUGCGCACUCGCAAAGAUGGGGCGAACCGCCCGAUUUCGCGCUUCCAGUUGCUCAAGACAGAUGACGGAACGAUAACCAAGUGCGGCUGCUUCAUCUGCGAACACACGAUCGCGAGAAACGAAAUCGUUUGCACGGUUUUCCCCAGCCCCAUUUCGUCCGCCAGCACGGCCGACACCUUGUGUUGAUAGAGGAGGUACAGCCAAUUGACGCCCACGAGUUGGUACGGCUGCAGGACCAGCGACGGGCUCAGGCCGGGGAUUUCGCCUUGGGUGAGCAUGCGGUGGUCUGCGUCGUUGAUCGUGGUCAGCGUCACUUGUUCGUCCGUGUUGGACUGGCCCCACUUGGCAAUCGAUACGCGCAGCGUGCUUGCGAUGGCCUCGCACGACUGGAGCAUGCCCGCGACUUCGUCUUGCUUGGAGCGUUUCGUGUUGCGGCGCUUUCCGUAGCUAUCUCCGUCAUCGGAAUCGUCGACGCCGUCGGACUGGUCGUCGUCGUCCGAGAGAACCUCCUCCCGAUUCGCAUUGCGGGCAUUGCGGGCGAUUGUGGCUUUGGAUUGCGCGGGUUUCUUUACAGGACGCUGCAUCUUGCGCUGCAUCCAGUCGUCCGUACUCGCUUUGACAGCCUUUUUGGACAUGAUCCAUCCAUUCGACUUUUCUUGGUUCUCGCGGUUGAAUUGGUUCAUCCAGCCAAACGGCGACGGCUUCUUGGGCUCCUUUAGCAAGUACACGUCGUCCUCGUCGAUCGAUUCAACGCCUCCUUGGCUCGAUUGCGGCUCGUCGUCGUCCAACACGACCACGGUGCUUCGACCUGUCUUGAGUCGUUUUCGAGGGGCAACCACGUCGUCGUCGUCGUCGUCGCUG